AUGGAUUCGAUGCUUCACGAACUACCUCCAGAACGGAUGCUUGUGAUUGCCAACAUAGAGAAGGCCCAGGAGAGACAGAAAGAGGCAUACAAGAGGAGGACCAAGAGCGGGACCAAGCGCUUCAGGAUCACACCAGGCAUGAAGGUCCUGAAGAAGAAUGAGAGGAAGCGUGAAAGGCAUGGAUCCCAGGCUGCCUGGCCCACCAAGGAGACUGUGUCCAAUCUAUCUGAGACUGAGUCAGCAGAUUCAGAGUUGGAGGAGGACCCACUAGAGGACUUGGAUGUUGUCAUCACUAGUGUCCAGCCAGGCUGGGCUUAUCGAGCUUCACUGAGCAAAAGGGUGGAGGACUUCAGGGCCAUGCUCAGCAACCCAAGUACUUGGUUGGAUGACCAUGCUAUGGACCAUGCUCAGGCACUGCUUAAGGCCAAGUACCCCAACGUCAACGGGCUCUACGCCACCACCUCCCUAGCCUUGCUGUCCACUUUGCCCGAGCCAGCACAAGGGUUUGUACAGAUACUCAAUGUUUCUGCAAAUCACUGGGUUACGGUAAGUGACAUUGGCUGCCAGGGAGGUUCAGUAAACAUUUUUGACUCCCUAGGACACACCAGGACAGAGGUCUUCAUUGAACAGGUCACAGGUCUGCUUGCUUUUCCAGGGAAGAGUGUCCGACUGCAGUGGCCGGACAUACAGCAGCAGGCUGGAGAACUGCAACUCUUCCCUAGAGCCAUGAGGUCCCCCACUGCCGAGCCAUUCGCCAUUGAUGUGGAUGUGCACUGCCUCUGCAGACUGACCAUCGAGCAAGGAAAAGCACCUCUGGUCCCAUGCAGGAGACAUCGUGACAGGAAGAGUUUACCAUGCAGGGGCCAAAGAAAACCAGGGUCAUCAAGAAUCAGCAUAUUCUGGAAGUGUGGUGCAUCAACCUGAACCUGGAACAAGCUAGACCUGUCACUCAGCGCUUAUAAAUGACAUGCAUCAAGAAACUGCAUUAUCACCUUUUUCAUUUUAUAUUGAAGCAUGAUCAUUGCAUAUAAGAUUGUUGUCAAUGUUAGUUGUAUA